GAUGCAGUAACCUAUGAUGAUGUGUACAUCAGCUUCACUCAGGAAAAGUGGGCUUUGCUGAAUCCUUCCCAGAAAAGUCUCUACAAACAUGUGAUGCUGGAGACCUACAGGAACCUCUCUGCCAUAGGCUCCAAGUCAGAAGACCAUAAUAUUGAAGACCAUUGUGAGAGUUCUAGAAUAAAUAGAAGGUAG